AUGCUGGUGCUCUCCAUAUUACUCCUUGUUCCCGUAGCGUUCUGCUCCAUUUCAUUUUUGGAGUCACGCGAAUUCUCAUUAGUGGCUCGUGGAACAAACUCAGAUGGAUCGUUGCCGACAUACAAAAAUCCCAACGCGUCUAUUGAAGACAGAGUAGCAGACUUACUUCCGCGAAUGACGUUGGAGGAAAAAGUAGCUCAGAUCAUACAAGGAGAUAUAGAUGGUUGGAUGAACACUACCGAUCCCUUAGACAACACCCUCGUUUUUAAUCAAUCUGGUUUGGAAGAUAUGAUGAGUACUAAAGCAGGCUCAAUUUGGGGUGGUUAUGCAAUGCCCUACGAAAAAUUCGUGUUUGCUUUGAACGUGGGUCAGAAAUAUCUCAUGGAGAACACGACCCUCGGUAUACCAGCAAUGUUCCAAAGCGAGGGAUUGCAUGGAUUUACUAACAAUGGAACAAUCUUUCCUUCACCGAUUGGACUGGCAGCGUCUUUCAAUCCAGAACUACUGUCUUCCGUUGCGAAUGUUAUCGCCACCGAAGCUGAAGGGCUUGGUCUGUCUCAGAUUUUCGCCCCGGUUCUCGACAUGUCCAGAGAGCUUAGAUGGGGUCGGGUGGAAGAGAAUUUUGGUGAAGACCCAUUCUUGACCGGUGAAAUGGGACUCGCAUACGUAUCUGGUUUGCAAAACGGAACACGCAGGAAUGUCACCGCAGAUGGUUCUGGCGGUAUUCGCAAACGAAUGGCUGCCACUUGCAAGCACUUUACAGCUUAUGGAAGUCCGAUGGCAGGCUUAAAUACAGCCCCUGUGGUUGGCAGCGAACGUGAUCUGCGUACGAUCUAUCUUCCGGCAUUCCAAAAAGCCUGUUUAGAGUCUUUGGCUAUAAUGACAGCAUACUCUGCAUACGACAGUGUUCCUUUGGUCGCAAACAAACACAUUUUAUCUGACAUUCUUCGAGACGAGUGGCAAUACCCUUACUGGGUUACUACCGAUGCAGGUGCGGUAGACUUAUUGAUCAGUCAGCACAAGACCUGCGACACUCGCGAAUGUGCAGCCAAGGCAGUAAUAGAAAAUGGAUUGAGUGGGGAAAUGGGUGGAGGAUCCUACACAUAUCUGACACUACCUGACCAAGUAGCUGCUAGAACUGUCAAUGAAAGUUAUAUUGACGAAACAGUGAAAGCUAUGCUACGGACAAAGUUUACCUUGGGUCUUUUUGAAAGUCCGUAUCCGUACUCUGACUAUCUGAGCACCAUUCGUACACCCGAGUCUCGCCAAGUCCUCCUGCAGAUGGAAGAAGAAGCGAUAGUUCUACUCGAAAACCGCGACAACGUUUUGCCUCUUAGCACAGAUAUUAGCAGUAUUGCAUUAAUUGGACCUCAAGUCAAUCGUGUCACUUUCGGAGACUACGUAUUCUUCAAUGCUUCUCUAAACGGGAUCACACCCCUCGCUGGCUUCCAGGAGUUCUUGUCCAACCGAUCUAGCUCGACAAGAAUCAACUUUGCUCAAGGAUGUGAACUCUGGUCUAAUGAUCAGAGCGGCUUUGACGAGGCAGUAUCAGCUGCUCAGCAGUCCGAUGUGGCUAUCGUCAUGGUCGGGACUUGGUCCUUGGACCAGACAUUAUUGUGGACUCCAGGAACAAACGCUACUACCGGCGAGCACGUCGACUUGUCCAGUCUUUCCCUGGUCGGCGCUCAGUUCCCCUUGGUGGAAGCUAUUGUUAAUACAGGAAAGCCAACCGUCGUGGUUUUUGUGAGCGGAAAACCUGUUUCCGAACCUUGGAUUCAAGCUCAUGCUAACGCGGUGAUCCAACAAUUUUAUCCUGGAGAAUUAGGUGGUUUCGCCUUACCGGAAAUCAUAUUCGGGGCAGUGAAUCCUUCAGGUAAAUUACCGGUUUCAUUCCCUCGAUCUGUUGGGACUACGCCAGACUUCUACAACUAUCUGAAUGGGAUGCGGCCCGUGGACGCUGGAAUGAUCACAGAUAAUGAUACGUUGGUAUUCGGCCAUCAGUACGUUUUGAAUAGUCCGAUCCCAAUAUGGAGUUUCGGUCAUGGAUUGAGCUAUACCACCUUCAAUUAUACUGAUCUUUCGCUCAACCCUACGUCAAUCGGGACUUCCGACAAUUUCAACGUGACGGUGACCGUGCAUAACACCGGUCUAGUAGACGGCAAAGAAGUUGUUCAGGUGUAUCUUUCCGACGUCGUAAGCUCCGUAGUCACCCCUGUACAAAGACUAGUUGGUUUCCAGAAAAUUGAUUUACCUGCGGGUAGCUCACAAACAGUCUCGAUUGAAGUUGUUUCGUCUCAGCUUGCACUUUGGAACCUGGACAACGAAUGGGCAGUUGAACCUGGCGUGUUCACAGUGACGAUAGGAACGAGCGAUGAAACUUUUUCUCAGGCAACGCUAACAGUGACUGCUUGA